AUGGACCCAUGGUUUGAAAAUUUCAAGAUAUUACUGACUUAUUGGUUGAUGUCUACAAACAGGGACAACGUGAAUCUCAACAUGGCCGACACGACGGUGAGCACACCUCCCUCGCAGCACUACAGCGACCACCUCCAGCCACACCUUCCGAUGCCCCCGCCCCAACCUCAGGGGCAUGGACACAUGGGACCCAUGGGACCCUCGCCUCCUCAGACUAGCCUGUCCCGAGGGGUUGUGCCAUAUAGCGUGCCUCCCGCACCACUCAACACGCCAAUGCCUCAGCCAACACAGAGUUCAAAUUGCCCCGUGAACAGAGAUCUGCCCCACCCUGGUUCAAUGCCCGAGACAACGACAUCCCAAUCACAGGCUGUGUCCAGUACUUGUGACUCUCAACCACAUGGUCUCAACUCACCUCCUAAUGGGAUCCAUUCCCCUCAACAACAGAAUCUGCCUGAAUCAACGACCAACCCUCCUGUCGACCGAAACCACCUGUGUCCAACCUGUUCAAAGGGCUUCAAAAGUAAACAGCAGCUUGCACAGCAUAGUUUGGUCCACUCUGGAAUACGAAAAUAUAUUUGUUCCUACUGCGACAAAGCCUUCAAGCAACUGUGUCAUUUACAGCAGCACACACGCAUACAUACAGGAGAAAAACCAUACAAGUGCUCAUUUGAAGGUUGUGAUCGAGCUUUUGCACAAAUGGCAAACCUUCAUCAUCACAUGCGCAAUCAUGAUGAUCAUCUUAAGAAGGCAGCGACCAAACAAUACCAUUGUAUGAUAUGUCAUAGAGCUUACACAAACGAGAGCAGUCUAAAAUCCCACACACUUAAGAUGCAUGUACACAUCAAACCAUUGGAACAAAGGAUCACAGGACUGCCUACUAAGCCUAGGAAACCUAGACAGCCCAAGAUGAAGGACAGUACUUCACCUGUGAUGGCUAUCGAUCUCACUUGUGAUGAUGGCAGCGACAGCAAAGUAGACAUUUUCAGUAGAGUUCAGAAUGACAGUAAGAUAGACAUUUUCAGUCGUGUGCAAGCUCUUCAGAGAAAUGAAGACUUCUCUCGAAUAAAUUCUUUUCAAAGGACAGAUUUUCAGAGAUCUGAUAGUUUACACAGAGAUGAUUUUCGUAGGGUUGAUAAUCUACAGCGGGCAGAUAGUUUUCCACGUAACGAAGCUUUACAAAGGGCGGAUAAUUUUCAAAGGGCAGACAGCUUAUCACGUGAUUUACAGCGUGGGGACAGUCUACAACGUGAAUCACUCCAUCGCUCAGACAGCUUACAAAGACUUGCUGGACUUGACUCGUCCUUGCAGCUUCGAACAGAUAGUCGUCAACAUCAGCACUCAUUAGGAAUGUCUGCUAAUUCACCAGUAUCCCGGGUGAUACCAAAUGUACCUAGGUGCAUGACUUUGUCAGAACGGCUCACUGACACUCCAACAAAUAACAAGAACUUGACAGCAUCAGAACUUCUCCAUGCGGAGUCUUCGUCAACACGUUCAGACUUGCAACAAAGUCUCCCUGCUCAUACUAAUGUUGAUCCUGUUGCGUACUAUAGGCCCUCACCCUAUAAUCUCCCACCACACAUUUCUCAUGCUCAUUUGCCAAUGCGGAUUCCGACUUCACUUCCCCCUUUUACACAGAUGGGAAGUGGCCUGGAGUCUGCGGUCGCAACAAGCAAUGCGUCUGUGUUCUCCAACUUACAGGAAAUGAUGUCAUCACAGCAGAAUCUUUCAACAGCCAAUCACAUGCCAGUAAAUUCACCGACCGCUUCGUCACCACAGCGGCUCACCAACUGA